AUGUCAGGAGAAUGGUGGGAGCUGGCAGGCACGGGCGGGGCGGGAUCGGUCACUGGUGGGGUGGCUGUGUGUGCUGCUAGUGCGCUGGCGGCUAGUACUAAUGGUACUGCUAGCGGUACAUGCACGGACGAGGCGCGCUGCAAGUGCAGCUGUGGGCAGCUGUGCGUGCCCAUGCGUGGCAGUGCAACAGCUGUGCGCUGCUGUGCGCGGAUGCGUGCGGCUGUGCACGGCUGUGCGCAGCUGCCCCGCUUUGGGCGGCUGCGCUGUCGCAUGCGGCUGGGCGCGGCUGCGCGCAGUUGUGCAUGGCUGCGUACAGCUGUGCGCGGCUGUGUGCGCUGUACGCGGUUUACGUGCGCGCUGCUGUCGCUGCCUGCUGCACGUGGUGGCCAUGUGCUUUUGCACGCGCUGGUCUCUGUGCGCGUGCGGGCUGCGCGUGGCUGCCGCUGCUGGCUGCUGCUUGCUACGCACGCUACUAGUUGGCUGACGGCGUGGGCGCUAGUGGCUAGUUGGCUGUCUGGCAUUGCCUGUUGCUCACUCACUGACACACCGACUUUCCUCCCACCCACGUGCACUGGGUACCAGCAGUGCAGGCAGGCUUGCACUUGGCUGGCGUCGUUGGGAGGUGGGGGGUGGGGGAGAGGGGAGAGAGCAUGA